AUGUUCCAGCUUCUGUUUGCUGGGGAUGACUCUGCUGCAGAUCCUGUACCCCACCAAAACAGGUCCAGAGAAGUAAGAAGUGUUGCUGACAAUGAAAUUGAUGAUACUUGGAGUCCUGGGACAUCCAGAGUUCCUCCCAUAUCAGAGCAAGAGACAGCAAACACCUUUCUUCAAGACAAAAUAUCUGACAUUGCUCAACAGAUGGCUGGGAAUAAAUUGCCCAACGUAAAUUGGAGGGAACAUUUAUCCCAGAUUGCAAAAAACCUUCAGAAUGCACCAAAGAUGCCAGAAAACUCAGGAUCUCAGUUUAGUGAAAUGAAUCCACAGAAAAUGAUGGAAGGAGUUUCAGGGAUAAAACCAAUGUCUCUAGUCAUGAAGAACAUUGCAGACUUGCUCAAUUCCACCCAGAUACAGGAUGGUAGGGAACAGCCAGAGGGACUGGUGUAUAGAAUACUGGAGGGGAGUUUAUUGAAUGACAGCAAGGUGGUUGAUACCAUAAGUCACGUCCUGGGAUUUGGGGGCUUGGAUAAUAACACUGUGACUUCUGUACAAGUGAUCAAGGCAUUAGAGGUUGUAGUUUUGUCUCCCGAAGCUCUGCAGACUGCAGCAUGCAGAAGUCAAGAAAUGCUGGCUGUGUUACAUCCUAUGAAGAAUGAAACUAGCCACAACAUGACACAUGCCCUCAAAGCACUGUGCAAUAUGACACAACACCAGUGGAAAAGUCUGUCCCAAGAACUCCAAAGAAUGGUAGAUGCUAAGAAAUUAUCAAAAAUGUUAAAAAUGUCAGAAAUGAAUAUCACGGCUGCAGAAAAGAGGGUUAAGAAACUGGAUGUGUAUGUGAAAAAGUAUACAUGGUUCCAGAAAAAUUUGUUGGAGUUAAGUCAGUUUGCAUCAGCUAUGCCCCAAGACUCAUGCAGAGGAAAUAUUGAUCGCUAUGGUAACAUCAUUACGACAACCACCACCACCACAACAACGACUACUCCCUCAUCAUUUCAAGAAGCUGUACACAUGGCAGAGCCUCCAGAGAAGACGAUGACCAAGGUAAAAGAUAACAAGUUUGCAGGUUUAAUGAAAAUCUGGAGUGGAUUGCAGAAGACAAUAUGUGGCAAACCUUUCAAGCUCACUGACGAACAAGUACAGCAGUUUGCAGAAGACAGAGACUUCAAGUCUCUGGGGUUGUCUAAGGAGCAGGAAUUUGAGAUUGGAAUCUUGGUCCAUGUGUUAUACAGUAACCCAAAGGUGUUAUUUGCUCCAAACAACUCUGCUGCUGUGCAGAACAUCAUGAAAAAGGCCAAUGAAACAUUUGCCCUGUUUGAUGAAAUAACCCAGUACGCCAAGCAGUGGCUGAAAGUGUCAUAUGAUCUACGGGACUACCUGAACCAAUCAUCUACCAGACAAAACUUGCUGUCAUUGCAAGAAAUGCAGUCUACAAUUAGAAACCAGUACAGCAUCCUGCCACGACUGAAUAUCAAGCACCCGGGCAUCAACACAUUCAUCUACAACCUGACCAUUCCCACAGUGGAUGAAUUCCUCCAUGAACUGGAUGGCAUUGACAGUGCAGCCUGCAGCUGGAUCACCCUGGUCAAUGGCAUCAGUUUCAAUAUAUUUGAAGGAUUUAGGACAGAGAAGGAACUGGUGGACUAUGUACUGCAUAAAGCUUUUUCUCAAAAUAAAACUGUCCUUGCUAGUGUUGUUUUCACCAACAUGAGGCCAGAUGGUACCUUGCCACCGCAUGUUGUCUACAAAAUACGCCAAAACGCCUCAUUUACAGAAACUACCAAGGCUGUGCGCCCGCGCUACUGGAGCCCAGGCAACAGGCGCAAUGGGUUCAAGUACUACUUCUUUGGCUUUGUCUGGAUUCAGGAUGUGGUGGAGAGAGCCAUCAUUAAUCUCCAGACUGGCCGGGAUAUCAUAGAGCCUGGCAGUUACAUUCACCAGUUUCCACAGCCCUGUUUCAUGUAUGAUCAGUUCAUCUUAAUGAUAGAGCAUGUGAUGCCAUUGUGCCUGACCAUCUCCUGGGUCUACUCCGUCGCCAUGCUGGUCCAGGGGAUAGUCUACGAGAAAGAACAGCGACUGAAGGAGGUGAUGAAGAUGAUGGGACUGAACAACGCUGUCCACUGGCUGGCCUGGUUCAUCACCAGUUUUGGACAGAUGACCGUUACCAUGGGGAUGGUGACCAUCAUCUUGAAGUAUGGGAAUAUUCUGACUUACAGUGACCCCCUCUUGGUGUUCUUAGUGCUGGAGUGCUUCGCCUUGGCCACCAUAUCAUUUUCAUUUUUCCUGAGUGUGCUAUACUCUAAGGCCAAGCUGGCAGCAGCCUGUGCUGGAAUCAUCUAUUUUCUGACUUAUGUACCAUAUAUGUACAUUGCCAUAAGGGAGGAGGCUGCAGGGGAUAAGGUGUCUGCUGUCACCAAGUCUAUAGCUAUCGUACUGUGCUCCUGUCAACUCACUACAUGGAUGAAGCUGACCUCCUGGGUGACCGGAUAGCCAUCAUCUCUAGUGGUCAGCUCAAGUGUUGUGGGUCAUCUCUGUUCUUAAAGAGUACCUUUGGGGAUGGGUACCAUCUGAAAAUGGUCAAGAAGCCCUCUGAAGUGGAUGCUCAUAGUAUCAAUGAUGAACCAGAUACAUUCCACCCCUCAAGCUCCUUCAUAACUCACUGUGUGGAAGAUACAGUCACAGAGUUUGUCAAAAAAUAUGUCAGCACGGCCUACAUAACCAAAGCCACCAAUCACGAGCUACAUUACAUCUUGCCCUUUGAAGAGGCCAAGAAGGGAAACUUUGAGAAGCUGUUCCAUGCCCUGGACUCUCACCUGGACCAGCUGGACAUCAGCAGUUACGGGGUGAUGGACACGUCGCUGGAGGAGGUGUUCUUAACAGUGACCGAGAAACCAAAAAAGAAUCCAGAACUGGAUGAGGAAGAAGUGAAGAACUUAGAAAAUCAGACCAUCCAGUUUCCCCUAGAUGAUACAUACGGCAUGACAAACCAGGCAAGUGAUGGUGACGAGGCCAUGAUUGACUUGGAGCCGGUGCUGUCCUCUGGUGGUGAUGUAGAGCUGGGUGACCUUGGCACAACCUCAGCACACAGAAGGCAGUGGAGUGAUGGCUCUAUACACCAUGUGUCUCUACACACAGGACCACAUGCCCAGUAUGCCAGGCUGGUGAAUGAGGACACACAGAGUAUAGCUAGCAGUGACCAUGAACCCCAGCCACACCCUGGGGCAGGAUCAUACAUAGUCUCUGGUGGCAUGCUGAGGUUCCAGCAGCUCCUGGCUGUCAUUGUGAAGCGGUUCUACUACAUACGAAGAAACUGGAAGGGCCUCUUCUCCCAGAUCUUGCUGCCUGCCUUGUUUGUUGCAAUCGCCAUGACAGUAGCCCUCUCGGCACCAAAGCUCCGCAAUCUACCUCCAUUAACUCUAAGUCCAGCUCAGUACUACAACUACACUCAGCCAAGAGGAAACUAUGUGCCUUACAACAACCAAGCCAAAGACAGUCCAAAUGCAGUUGGAAAGCAGACCAAAACUCAACAGAUGGCAGACAGUAUCAUCCAGACUUUCAUGUUGCCUUCAGGACUUGGUGCUACCUGUAUCCUCAAGCGACCAAUCAAUAAUGCCUUUGAUGCCGAUCUGACGCGUACUCUGACGGGUAAUUAUUCCCAGAAGACAUUCAAGCUGUUGGCAGAGUACUUUGAGCCUGGCUGUGAGAGCGUGUUUGUUAAGGGACUGCCUCUGAGUUAUUUUGUUCCUCCACCCCCCACAGCACCACCUGUGGAUGAAGACACCCUGAACCUGCUGGACAAUGAUACAGAGUCUAGUAGCACUACCCACUCCCCAGAUGGCCCCCAUUUUUACCCCCACUGCAUCUGCGCCAAGGACGGCAGUGGGUUUGUAUGUCCACUCACUGGUUUCUUAAACCCCGAGGAGAAGAAGCUGGUGACCAGUGACAUCUUAGUGGACAUCACCAGUCAGGACACAUCCCAGUACUUGUUGCACACCACCAAUGCCUUCCGCCUGCACAGGUAUGGCGCGGUGUCCGUGGGGUUGGAGAGGGAUUACGUACCUGAUAGGUUUGGAGAGCAUGCACCACCUUUGUUCAGGCAGAUCGCUGUGAAGAGGGUCUCAAAGGUUUGGUAUAACCAGAAGGGCUAUCACUCCAUGCCUACCUAUCUGAACACUCUGAACAAUGCCAUUCUGAGGGCAAAUCUGCCCAAGAAGAAAGGGAACCCAGCAGCUUAUGGCAUCACUGUCGUCAACCAUCCUAUGAGUAAUACAAAUGAUCAGCUCAAUAUAGAGUCCAUCCUGAAAGGCUCAGAUGUCCUGAUCGCCAUCUUCAUCAUCUGUGCCAUGUCCUUUGUGCCAGCCAGUUUUGUGUUGUUUCUGGUAUAUGAGCGGUCCACCAAGUCCAAGCACCUGCAGUUUGUCAGCGGCAUUGACCCCGUCAUCUAUUGGCUGGCCAACUACAUCUGGGAUAUGUGUAACUACUUGAUUCCUAUGUCCUGCUGCAUCAUCAUACUUCGCGUGUUUGACAUCCCAUCUUAUGUCUCUGAUACCAACUUUCCAGCAGUGGUCUCCUUGUUUCUUUUAUAUGGGUGGUCUAUCACCCCACUGAUGUACCCAGCCUCCUUUGUGUUUAAGGAGCCCAGCACAGCAUACAUCUUUCUCAUCGUGAUCAACCUAUUCGUAGGCAUCACGUGUAUCAUCACAAGCUUCUUACUGGACAUGUUUGACUAUGACAAGGAUCUUCAUGAAGUCCACAAGGUGUUGAGUGUAGUUUUCUUACUAUUCCCUAACUAUUGCCUGGGAAGAGGUCUGAUGGAUAUAGCCUUCAAUGAGUACCACAACGAGUACUAUUACAGAACUGGUCAGUAUGGAAAGGUGAUGUCCCCCUUUGACUGGGAUCUGGUACCUAGGAACCUGGCUGCUAUGGGCAGUAUGGGCUUUGUCUUCUUCAUUAUCACACUUCUGUGUGAAUACAGGUUCUUCAUCAAGUCCAAGCGUCUUAAAGUUGAAAGCUCAGUUAUCACAGAUGAUGAUGAGGAUGUCGCUGCGGAGAGGAAGAGGGUGCUCAGAGGCAGUGGCAGAAAUGAUAUGCUGAGGCUGGAAAAUCUCACUAAGAUAUACAAGACGAGAAAACUAGGUCGCCAUCUUGCAGUGGACCGCCUGUGCCUUGGAGUACCCCAGGGAGAGUGUUUUGGUCUACUUGGAGUCAAUGGUGCUGGUAAAACCACAACCUUCAAGAUGCUGACAGGAGAUAUUCAGCCCACUGGAGGUGAUGCUUUCCUUAAUGGAUACAGUAUCCAUGCAGACAUGUUGAAGGUCCAGCAGAACAUAGGUUACUGCCCCCAGUUUGAUGCUUUGUAUGACCAGCUAACAGCCAGGGAACACUUGCAGCUGUAUGCCAGACUGAGGGGUGUACCAUACAAGGAUGAGAAGAUGGUAGUGCAGUGGGCUCUGGAGAAGUUUGAUCUGUUGUCUCUAGCAGAUAACCUCUCUGGCUCUUACAGUGGUGGUAAUAAGAGAAAACUGUCCACAGCUAUUGCACUGCUAGGUAACCCGCCUGUUAUAUUCCUGGAUGAACCCACCACCGGGAUGGACCCACAGUCCCGGCGCUUCCUGUGGGAUAUAAUCCUCAACCUCAUCAAAGAUGGAAGAUCAGUAAUUCUCACAUCGCACAGCAUGGAGGAAUGUGAAGAACUGUGCACUCGUCUGGCUAUCAUGGUGAACGGUCAUUUCAAAUGCAUAGGAAGCAUACAGCACCUCAAAAAUAAAUUUGGCAAGGGGUACACCGUAACUGUUAGGGUUAAAGGUCAUGAUAUUGAUAGAGAGGUCAGGGCAGUCAGGCGCUAUAUGAAUAGACAUUUCCCAGACGCUGAACUGAAGGAGCAGCAUCACAACACUGUCCAGUACGAGCUCGCAUCCAGCACCCUCUCCCUGGGGACUGCCUUUGCCAAGAUGGAGGAGGCCCAACGUGAUCUCAAUGUGGAGGAGUACUCCAUAUGUCAGAAUACAUUAGAUAAUGUAUUUAUCAGUUUUGUGAAAAUGCAGUCAGAGCUGGUGCGCGAGAGGCAUGACACAGGAGAGACAGACCUUCCUUCAGAAAGGAGCCAGACGCUACACAGAGCUGAAGAUGAUGAUGAUGAACCACUACUUGAUGCUGGUGAUGACAUGCCAUUGGUGGGCCAGUCAGGGUCAAGACUGGCAUUUAUGAGCAUGGAAGUCAUGGACUGCUGAUGUAAGGUUGAAAAGAGAUUAACCAAGACAAGCCACACAAGCAUUAGAACUUUUGUGCUCCUGUCCAGGCAUUUGUGCAAUUGAUGUGCCUUCAGACUGGGUUAGAAUUAACAUUGAUAAGAAACCCAACAAUACCUUAUGGACAAAACUCUCAUUUUUGCAGUCCACUGUUCCUCGGUCUUGAGUAAUUUUAAUCUCAAGGAGUCAUCUAGGCCCUUUAGCAAGCAUAAUUAUAUUUAAAAAGAAAUAAGGCAUUUGUGAACUGUAUUAGAAUAAUGAUGGAUUGUUUGCAUUUGAUGGUUUUAAAUGAAGUGUUCAUAUUACUUUUUUAAGCUAUUUAUAAGCCACUAUCAAAGCAUUCGAAAGUUUGUUUUAAUACUUCUGCAGCUUGGCAGCCCUUUUGGGAAGUGUUUUGAUAAAGAAAGAAAGGGUUAAAAAGAAGUGAUACAUUUAUGACAUUCCUGCAUUAUAAAAUAUUUGUGCAAAAUUAUUCAAUAGAGCCUCAGAAAUUGUGGGUCUGAUCUUGAUAACAGUCUUUUUUGACAAAAACUGAAAACAUUCAGGUUCUUCAAUGUACUGCUAACUAGUGUGUUAUUUCUUGUCUACUUGUCUAAAAUUAAUGAAGUGCCAGUUUUAAUCGAUUUGGAUUCUUACCAUAGUUGGUUCUGUGGUAAUGCUUUCAUUAAUGAAGUAGUCAGUUGAUUAAAAUAUUUUAUAUAAGUUGCCAAUCAGAAAAACUGGAAAUGCCAAUUAAAGUGUUGGGAUAUGUUGGUUAUCCAGACUAGUCUGUAAUCAGAUGACUAUAUAGGUUUCCUGAGCCAUAGCAUGACUGGACAUUUAUUUGUUGCUCUUUUACCUGAAAGUUGGACAGUGUAAUAACGUUGAAUAUGUUGAAACUUAUGUGAAAUAGUGCAACUGGUGUUGAGAUUGUUUUUACAAUAUAUAUAUAAAUAAUAUACACAUAUAUUGCUGAUCUUAUUUAUUUUUAAGUGUAAUCUAUUGUUAUUGUCAUUUAAGUCAUGUCAUCAUAUGUUAUUUGUGCGUAAGCACCUCAUUUACUUUAUUUUACACUUGCGUUCUCAGUUAUUGUUGCAUGUUAUAUUAUAAAGAUGACAGUUUUAAAGUAUAUUUGAAGGCUCCUGGAUUUCUUCUGCUGCAUUUAUAUAUGUUUCCACUUCUUCUUCCUUGCAUGAAUUUUCUCAGUUAUGGGAUUAUUAAUAAUUUUUUAGUACGAUGAUCUGUUCAAGUUAAAGUGUUUAAUGUAAUAGAUAAUAAUGUUUAGAAUAAUAUAUAAAUUAUGAACUGGAGCAUAUCAUGUGUAAAGUAUGUGGUGAUUUGCUCACAGCAGAACCAUGACAUAGUGUUAGGAAGCUACAAAUUGCACUUGUAAUGUCACUUUAAGAGCCCUUUUUACAUGGAGUGGUACACUUAACCAGUCCAGAACACUAUGAGGGAUAACCAACUUCAUAGCCUGGCUAUUCCUUUAGUAAGUCACCUAAAUGGCACCCCUGUUUCAGCAGGAAACAAACUUGUAAGAGAUACUAUAGUAGAAUCACUUUCAAAGUAUACUGGUCCAGUGUCAUGUAAGUGUAUUGCUCAAUGUAAGAAGUACCUAAAAAUCUAUUUUAAAAGGAUAAUAAAGAAUUGCAAUAUUUUUAGGUAUAUCCUAUGUACUUUUCCAAUACUUAUUUUAUAAUCAUACAAAUGGCCUUUUAGUGAAGCCCAGCUGAUUCAGCAUUUAAAAUUUCAAAGGUAACUGAGGUCAAACAAAAUCAAUUAGUUACAUUUUCUCCAAAUAUGUUUUUGUUUUCUGUUCCUAAAACAUUUAAUAAAUAGGUACUUAUGUACUGUUAAGAAUAAAUUAGAUAAAAAGAAAUUGGUGCUUAAAAAUUAAUGAGAAACUGCAAUGUGCAAUAAUGUUACUGAUGUGAUUCCCAAAUCAUUGCUGAGGUUUAAAUAAAGUAUAUUUGUACUGGCUUAGAACUGUCAAAGUACUUCAGGUUUCCAUGUAAUUGUUCAAUAGUAAGUGGCACUGAUUUGAUGAGCAGCAGAGGACUUGUCUGAGGAAUGACUGCUGAAUCUUUAUACCUUAUCACCAUAACAUCAAGAUUAAGCUAACGUACUUUCAAACUUAAGGGUUGUAUUUUUGUCCUUCAGAACUGGCCUUAAAAAUAUAUGGAAAAAAAAAAGAAAAUAAAUCUAUUCAACCAACUAGACAUUAUAAGUGUUU